AUGGAUGCUAAGGGUUCAUUCCUCACCAUUUUCUCCUUAAUGAUUUUUCUCUGCUACCAGCAUUCGGCGGCUCACCCCAUCCAUAACCUCAGCCCAGCCGAGGAGCUGGCUAACAUGGAGGCUCUUCUGGAGAGGUUGGAGGAAAAGGUGGCCUUGAUGGAGGACUUACAGGGCAACUCCAAUGAAUUCGAAAUCCAGGGGGAGAGCCAGGCAGAAGAGGACAUCAACGACCAGCCCGCAGUCGAGGACGCUUUCCCUGUCUUUUCCGACACGACAUCCCUGCUAAAACACAUGAGGGGAAUUCAGGCUGCAAAAAGCAUGCGAGAAUCUGGCUGCUUUGGCAGGAGAUUGGACCGGAUCGGAUCUGUCAGCGGAAUGGGAUGCAAAGGGGUAACCACGGACGGCACGCCCCAUGCUCUCAUCCACACAAACAUUGAUUUUGCCCUUUCCCGGGACCUCAAAUACGCCCCUGACACGGCUACGUUCAGCACAACUGACUCCCAGGAUGAGUUUCGUCUUCUCUAA